AUGAGUGUGGGUUUUAUUGGAGCGGGCCAGGCGGCUCACGCACUGGCGCGAGGCUUCACAGCUGCAGGUGUAAUUGCCGCUCACAGAAUCACAGCCAGCUCCCCUGACACCGAUCUCCCCACUGUCCAGGGUCUCCGGAAAUUAGGGGUGCAUUUCACUACGAGCAACAAAGAGACGGUGAGCAAGAGUGACGUCCUUUUCCUGGCAGUCAAACCCCACAUCAUCCCCUUUGUGCUGGAUGAGAUCGGACCCAGUAUCGAGGACCGCCACCUCAUCGUAUCUUGCGCCGCCGGUGUCACUAUCAGCUCCAUUGAGAAGAAGCUGCUGCAGUAUCGCGCCGCUCCCAAAGUCAUGCGUUGCAUGACCAACACGCCGGUGGUCGUGCGCGAAGGGGCGACCGUGUACGCUACGGGCACCCACGCCCAAGUGGAGGACGGAAAGCUGCUGGAGCAGCUAAUGGCUAGCGUGGGUUACUGCACCGAAGUGGAGGAGGACCUUAUCGACGCCGUCACGGGUCUAAGUGGAAGCGGACCGGCUUACGCUUUCACCGCUGUGGAGGCCCUCGCGGAUGGCGGUGUCAAGAUGGGCCUGCCCAGAAGACUGGCGAUACGUCUUGGAGCUCACGCGCUGCUGGGCGCCGCUCGGAUGUUAUUAGACUCGGAGCAACAUCCCGGGCAGCUCAAGGACAACGUGUGCUCACCGGGGGGCGCCACCAUCCACGCCCUGCACGUCAUGGAGAGCGGCGGGUUCCGCAGCCUUCUCAUCAACGCCGUGGAGGCCUCUUGCGUUAGGACCAGGGAACUCCAGUCCUUGGCAGACCAGGAGAAGAUCUCCCCAGCUGCCAUCAAGAAAACCACCCUAGACAAAGUCAUGCAGCAGCCUGGAGUGACUGUGGAGGCCAACGGCGUGCGAUCGCGUGGAAUUAGCGUCUUCAAUAGCGUCAACAAUCCAAGAACAAAGAAGAACUGA